CGUGAGGUCAGAGAGGGUGAAAAGGAUUUCUCCAAGAAGAUGAAAGACUUACAGGUAAGUGACACAGUCAACAGAUACCAGGAAAUUUGUGGACUUUUCGUUUUUAUCUAAUUGCUAUUUGACGUCUUUGAAAGUUCCAUAUCACAACUUCUGUAACUGACAUACGUCAUUUUUUAAAGAUAAUGAUCGCUUGUAUUUGUAAACAACUUUGACAUGAAAUAAUAAAUCAGGUCAUGAAAUGACAAACCACGACAACACAUUAAUAACUAGUACAUGAAAUUAAUAACUAUGAGAUUUUAUAACAAACCAAAUAAUCUUCUAACUACUUUAUGUGUCUAACCCUAUUGACCACAGAAAUCGUGUUGUUUCGUGAUCAUUCUCGGGGCAUCGCACAAGAUCAUGUACAUGUUGGCCCCCGACCAGGAGAUGCGGGACAAGUGGAUCAGGGCACUGAGGUACGCCAUGCAGAUGGAGCAGUUGGCAGAGCAAAGGAAUGAGACGGAUAGAUAUCCUUUAAUCUGUUGGCUCAUGCAGCAUACAAUAACUUGAACAAUUGAUUACAUAGCACACAGUAACUUGAACAAUAGAUUACAUAGCACAAUAUAACUUAAAAAAUUGAUUAGAUAGAACACAAUAACUUGAACAAUUGAUCACAUAGCACAACAUAACUUAAACAAUUGAUUACAUAGAAUACAAUAACUUGAACAAUUGAUCGCAUAGCCCAACAUAACUUGAACAACUGAUUACGUAGCACAACAUAACUUGAACAAUUGAUUACAUAGCAUACAAUAACUUGAACAAUUGAUUACAAACCACACAAUAACUUGAACAAUUGAUUACAUAGCACAACAUAACUUGAACAAUUGAUUACAUAGCACACAGUAAACUUACUUGAAUAAUUUAACAAGGGACUAAUACUAAUAGCACACAAUUACUUGAAUGAUUUGUCUCAUAGGGACUGGGGUAAUUUAUCAUUGCUUUGGCUUGCAAAGUUCUUUGGUUCUAACCUUUAACUGUCCACACGAAUAUUCGAGAAGCAUUCAACAGAGCAGACAUCAACGGUGACGGCCAUCUUGAUUUUGAAGAAGUUAUGAAACUGCUCAAGUCGCUCAACAC